AUGCCAACAAAAUAUAUUAGAAAAGGGACAGUGCAAAGGGGAAAAUGGACUGAAGCCGACCUACUCCGGGCUGCAGAAGCAGUUAAAAACGGUGUGAUGGGCUUGAGAGAAGCAUGCCGCACUUUCAACAACAUUCCUCCUCCAACACUUAGAAGGCGACUUAAAAAAAAUGACUUUAUUAAAAGAACUCUUGGACCGCCUUGUAUCCUUGGCAUCCAGAAUGAAUUAAAAAUUAGGUUUCAUAUACAAAAGUUACAAAAACACGGAUUUGCGCCAACUCGUGAAAAUGUCAGAGCAAUGGCGUUUCACCUGGCAGAUCAGCUUAAAAUUAAACACCCUUUUAAUAGAGACAACUUGAGUGUUAGAAAAGCUGAGGGUGUAUCACUAGCUCGAUGCAACGGUAUGAAUAAAGAAAAGGUCUCGGCGUACUUUAAUCUGUUAGAAACAACAUUAAUGGAGGCCGGUUUAGUAAACAAGCCUGGUCAUAUAUUUAAUAUGGAUGAGACGGGUCUCCAACUUAAUAAUAAGCCAGGUUAUGUUAUUGCUCAGAAAGGCUCAAAAAACGUUGCCGCAAUAACAUCAUCAGAAAAGGGAGAAACAAUUACAGUAAUCUCAUGUUGUAAUGCAGAAGGUUUUUACAUACCACCAGCUUGCAUUUUUAAGGGCAAAAAUCAAAAAACCGAGUUUGAGGAUGGUAUGCCUACGGGUUCUGUGGUUUACAUGAACGAAAAAUCCGCUUAUAUUAAUACGGAUUUGAUGUUUACCUGGUUAAAAGAACAUUUUGUUCCACGUAAACCAGACGGAAAAAUUCUACUUUUACUGGAUGGUCAUGCCAGUCAUUGUAAUUCGGUAGAAAUGCUGGAAUAUGCCGAUGAACAUAAUGUUAUUCUGUUUUGUCUACCUGGUCAUACUACUCAGUUCCUUCAACCCUUGGACAGGUGUUUCUUUAAAAGCCUGAAAGCCUUUUGGAAUAAAGCUUGCAAUACAUUUGUAAAAGCAAAUCCUGGUAGGAAAAUUUCUCGUCUGCAAUUUGGUCAAUUGUUGUCGGAGGCGUGGUCAAAAGCAGCAACUGUUGAUAACGCUGUGUCGGCUUUUAAAUCUACAGGAAUCUGCCCAUUUAAUCCUGGUGCUAUACCAGAGUAUGCCUACUUGGAUUCUGAAGAUGAAAAAUUAGAUCCCAAUACUUCUGCAGUUUACGCUACUGAAUCUAAUAAUACCACUCAAACAAAAGACGAUAAAAUGCCCUCUACUUCAGCCUUAGAGUCAGAACCUAAACCGGAGCUGAUAAAUACCGAUAAAAACACUCCCGAAACACUUCUUAACAAAUUCUUUCCGGUGCCCAGCUCUUCAUCAGCUAGCAUUCAGAAAAAGAAAGAAGAAGAUCAGAGAAAAACAUCAAAGAGGAAGGCUCUGCAUGAAAAAAAGAAUAAAAGAAAAAAUCAAAAAAUUGAAGAUGAAUCAACAGACGAUGAUACUGAUGCAUUAGAUGGGUUAGUGACUCAGUCUGAUGAUAGUCCGGACGAAGAUGAUGCAACAGAAUGCCUUGGAUGUGGUGAAAAAUAUAAUGUGACCACGAAAGCCGAUGAUUGGAUUCAAUGUCUACACUGCCAGAGAUGGUUUCACGAAAGUUGUUCGAAAUAUUUGAACCUAUGUGACCUUUGUGGUGAAAACUUAUCAAAGAAAAGGAAGUAG